CUCGUAACGUCGUUGGCAUAACGCGUCUGGCUUGUAGAUCUGUUUUUUAAAUUCAGAAAAUUCGCGAUUGUUGUGUAUUAGUUGAAGGACUUUUUUUGGUGGUUCGUAUUUUGUAUUUGGAAGAACUUUUUCAAGGCUACUCUUGUUGAUGAAGAGAUACAAAAUGACUCAUGCUCUGUGUAUCUCUUCCUUCAUCUUAUGCUGGCUACUUAUGGUGUUCCCUCAAGCUUCUGAGGCCAAGAGAAGCAUACUGAAUCUCAAAUCCCGUCACCAUAGAGAUGUUCAACUAUCCACUCCGGAACCACCAGAAUUGACUGCGGUACCACUUUUGGAAGAUGAUCCUUGCUUGUCCCACUACUGUACCUCAGGGAGAGAAUGCAAAGUCCACUCUGGAAUCCCAAUAUGCGAAUGCUCCAAGAAAUGUGUGCCACACCACCACGUGUGCGGUUCCGAUGGUAACAUUUACAAGAGCCAUUGCCACAUGCACAGUACCGCCUGUCAAAACAAAGAAAAACUCGUGCAGAUGGACAUGAACUUUUGCGAAAAAAAUCAGGAAAUGCAGUCUGACCAACCAAAGUUAAAUAAGAGCGAUAUAAGGCAACUAUUUGAUAAUUUGGCGAUUAAUAAGACUAAACCGAAGCCUGCUAAUAUCAAAGUCCCAGAUUAUUAUUAUGAGGAUUAUACAUUGGAGCCCGAAUAUCAGUAUUUAAGGAAACGAAAUUGUGCAAUGGAAGUGUAUGAAGUCAUGAAGGAUAAUUUGUUAAUGUAUUACCAUUCGAAAUUCACUGGCAAUGACAAGAAUAAGGAUUACGUGCAAAGUCUAAUGUUCUCACGUUUUGAUAAAAACAAGGAUGGACGAUUGGAGGAAUGGGAGCUUAAUGAGGCUUCCACGGACGAUCCCGACCUUAUGGACGUCCUCAGGCUCAGCCACGGAUGCAAAUUGGCCAGUUUAAUAUACUUUGAUGAUACUGAUGGGGAUGACAAGUUAACCAGCAGUGAAUUCUCCGUGGCAAUGAGCAAAUUAUACACAAACAGAUAUACUCGCCUACUACAGCAAGGGUUAAUCACAGCCCAAAAUGUUACAAAAGGUUCUUCAAAAUUCAGAGGCACUUGUCCUUUGUGUAUAUCAGUAGUGUCACUCGAUAAAGCAUUAGAAGUUAAUUGGGUACCAGUACGACUGGGAGACAGUGUGGAGCUCCAUUGCGCGGUCAGUGGUUCUCCGGUACCUCCGGUAAUAUGGCGGAGACACGGGCAAGAUCUGGCGAACUUAGAUCAGGAAGACGUGAAGGUUUAUGGAGAUGGAAGCCUGUAUUUGGCCAAGGUGGCAUUGGAGCAUGCUGGGAACUAUACUUGCAGUGCUCAGAGGAAUCCUAUGUUGGUCCAGACGCAUAUUUUAUUGGUUAAUACGUUGCCAGAGGUCCGUGUAGUACCAAAGUACCAAUCGAAAAGACCAGGCGAAGACGCGGAAAUGUUUUGCCACGUGUCAGGUGAACCGAUGCCAAACGUUACAUGGCUAAAAAACGACCAACAAAUCCCAUCUGUCCAAUUCGGAGACGAAGAUUCCCACUCCAAAUUUGAAAUAGUUGGCAACGGAACGUCUUUGAAGAUCCGAAAAAUCGAAUAUGCUGAUACGGGAGCUUACAUGUGUAAAGCCAUUAAUUCAGGUGGUACAACAAUGGAUAUAAGCUCCUUGGUAGUCCAAGACCAGCCAACAGCACAAGGCACCCUCAUUGAGGAACAGAGAUUCUUCGCUUUCCAUGAACUAGGAAUUUCCAUAUAUGAUCCAGCUGCCUGCAGGUUGCAUCAUAUAAUAAAAGGAACCGAUAUAAUUCCUGGAACCGAGGAAUAUGUAUGUGGCAACCAAAAAGCUAAUUGUUCCUGGGGAAGAGCAGUAUCUAUCUCUGACAGAUACAUCUAUGCCUCCCAACCACUACUAGAUCGUAUUCUGGUAGUUUCAACUACACAAAUGGCGGUAGUUGACGUAGUGGGCACUGAUAAAUACCCCGUGGAGCUGGAAAAGGUUUUACAUCUGGACCAGCUAUGGCUGGUCAGUUGGAGGAACAAGAACGAAACUGGAUCAAAAACCAUACAAGUUAUAAGAGAUGCUGGCCAGAAGAGGAAACACCACACAGUCCAUCCAGAACCUAUUGAUGGACAGUUUGAUAUGGUUAAGCAGCUGUUUUUGCCCACGCCAUUUGAGGAAAUCUCCCAUUAUAAAUACAAAUACGGCUACGUAACACAUACCAACCAGCGAGGAGUCUACAAAUUAGACCUGGAAAACUUAAGAUAUAUUCGCUCAGUGGACUUGACUCCUUACAACUGUGUGCCUGAGGAAAUCCAGUUUUCUGCACUAUACGGAUAUGUUUUCAUGGAAUGCAAGGAGCCAGUAACCAAGAAACCGACCGGAAUGCUAAUUCUGGAUUACUUAAGUGACGCAGUUAUUUUGCCUCCCUCAAAGUCUGAGAGGUUUUAUGGGAAACCUUACGUCUCUCCUGACUCAAGGAAAUUGGUUACUUUUAAUGUUAAAUUAGGAGGAACGGUGCUCAGUAUACAUGACAUAAUUUCUGAAGGGGUGAAGUUUCGUUUCGAUAUUAGGACAAGCCUCAAUGUGUCCGAUUUGGCAUUUUAUCCAAGUCAAACGUCACAUGGUUAUGACGUUUAUGCCAGUAGCUUGAACAAGAGUGAUCUGCUGUAUAUAAAUUUGGAUACCGGCAAAGUUAAGGUCAUCGUGGGAGUUGGAGAAUCCCCCAACAAGUCCAAGUGGAACAACCCAAUUCGACCGAUCACUACAGCAGGUAGAUUUGGAACUUUUUUGGCAACCCCCAGUAACAAUGCCCUCUUCAUCAUCAAUGGAAAAUCGAGAACCAUUAACUGCGAAAUAAGCGCUUUAAAUAACCCAUCGCACAUCGUAUGGAUUACCCAAAUAUAUCACUAAAUGUCCGCUUUAGAUAGCACAUAAAAUUAUUAUUUUACCAUAUAGCGUGCAAGUUAAAAUUUAAAAGACUAAAUUUUAAUUUGUUUCUAUAUUAUAUAAUAUUAUAUGGUUGAAAAUCAACAACCGUUUGCCUUAUUUACAAAUUAUUUUUUACAUAAGAAAGGUGCCAUAUAAUAUAAAACAUAGUAGCUCAUCAUAUUUUAAAUAUUCUAUAUUAUACAUGACACUUUCACUCGUUUAAAUAAUACAAUUUAAUGUGUUUUUUUAAUUAUAUUCUCUUUCUUUAGGAUAUUUUGAUAUGCAAUUUAAUCAAUCAAGCUUAAACUCAUGCCAAAUUAUACGGUAUAUCAAUUUGCAUAUCAAUUUACUCAUUAUACAGCCAUAAUGCCCAAUUUCUGCUUAUUAUAAAUAAAUAUGUAUAUAAUAAUUAUUAUGUAAUUACCCAUUAUAUUUAGAGAUGAUAAGACACAUUUUUUGAAUACCUUAGGGUUAGAUUAAUAAUAAUAAUAAUUAUAAUAAUAAUAAGAAUAAUAAAUGGAAAAUUAUGUUACUUUAAAAUUUAAAGCCAAAUACAAUAACGAUAUAAAGUAAAAAUUAUUUAGACUUAGGCAUAGGUACAGGGUGGCUUUUACAAAACUGAAAAAUCAGCUUUUCAUUUAUCAGUGAUUGCCCUGUAUAUAAAACAGCGGGAAUUAAAUUUUAUAAAAAAAAUAUCUUAGGCUUACAAACGUUAACUGUGGUAUGUUGUAGUAAAAUUAUAAAUGUAAACUCGUUUUGCAAAAUAAAGAAAACACUAAAUCCAA